CAAGAUACCAUUCCACGUUGAGACGUCAUCGAGUGCGCACGCUUGACGCUUUUAUCGCAUGUCUCAUGUUUUUACGUGCGGUGUUUAUGAACUGAGUGCUGUGUGAAUAACUUUUUGGUGUUUGCGUUUCAAAUUUUUUUCAGCUCUUCCGCCACAGAAGACGUAUUUUCCCCGAGAGACUAAACCUUAUCCUCCACGUGCAUGAGUGCCUACGAGACAAGCGUGAUAUAAAUGUGGCUCAGCGACCUGAAUGAUCUUUACAUCGACAGCUCCACCUAUUAAACUGUUAGCAUGGUGGUGGUGCUGAACGGCGUGCUCGCGGACGAGUGUCCCACGUCGGUGCGGGCGCUGCUGGUCGCGCACCCCGGCUACAGAGACGCGGCUGCCCAGCUCCUGGCUGCAGCUGCGAGGGUCGUACCUCCACCGGGCCUGCUGUAUGUUGGACAGCGGGAACUGGCUGCCGUAGUGCCGCAUGACAAAAAUGUAAACAUCAUUGGAUCAGAUGACGCCACAUCAUGUAUAAUCGUUGUUGUCAGGCAUUCAGGUUCAGGCGCAGUAGCCCUAGCCCAUUUAGAUGGUUCAGGAACAGCCGAGGCGUCAGCGGCCAUGGUGUCGCGCGUCCAACAGCUAGCCGUGGGGUACCCUGAGGGCAGGUUGGAGCUUCAACUGGUCGGCGGCUUCACAGACCCACAUCGCUACUCCGAUGAGCUGUUUGCGAAUAUUAUGUUAUCAUUCCACCGUCUAACAGUGGAGAUUGACUUAACCCUCGCGUGCUGCUGCGAGCUGAACACAGCCCUCGGCGGCGGAGCGGCCGCGCCUCUUGUCACCGGCGUUGGUGUGGACAUACGGGCGGGGGACCUGUUCCCUGCUACAUUCCCUGAUAAGGGACCAGAGCUGCCUCUGAGAGGAGCUAGGACUAUCACUAGUGGACCACAUUCAGGACAGGUGCUAGAUAUAUACGACAACACGGUGGGCAUGCUCCGCAUCGGGCCGUUCAACUAUGAGCCGCUGCGAGGAGUGGACCUGUGGCUGGAGCAGUCGGACGACUUCAUACUGCAGCACCUGAGCACCACGCCCGCUGUCGAGCCGCCACACUUCGUACAUAAUAUCCGCGUGACUCUAAAGUUCAUACAACAGCACCCGUUCCCGGCCGUCACAGUGUUCCCGGACAACCGCGCACAUUACUACCGCCGCGACGAGCAGUCCGGCUGCUGGGUGCCCAUGCGCUUCUAGAACCUUCCAUCACGAUACUACACAUCUUCUCAAAUGCUUCUUGAAACAUCCAUUGCGAUGCUACACAUGUUCUAAAAUGCUUCUAGAAAACAUCCAUCGCGACACUUACACAUCUUCUCAAAUGCUUCUAGAAACAAUCAUAUCUGUAGCUGCUUGUACUAAUAUGCUGCUUAAAUUGCGCAGACUUAAGUCAUACUUUACAAGGUUAGGUAGGACACAUCUAUUUAGAAAAACUUAACCAGUGAUUUUAGUAGAGUCGGUGAAACUGGCCAUAAAAAUAACCCAGUGUUAAAAUUACAUCAUCUUAGUGUAAAAUAUAUUCUGUCAAAGGCAAACUCUAUAUGGCGUUGAUCCGUUGAUCGAUAAGUAAACAGCAAAUGUAAUCGGAAUCAAACAUCAAGUUAUUCACAGUUUAAUCGCAGUUUCUUUCAAAUUGUGAUUAAUCUUGCAUUUACAGUAGCAAUCGCAAAUAAUUUAAUUGUUCUUCUAAGUACGUAGUUAAUUGUGGAUGCACUAUGCGCCAAUAUAAGGUGCCAAAAUUCGUAUACGCAUAAUAAAAUCUAAAUAGCAAAGACAAUGUACACCGUAUAAUAGAAUGUAUGAAACAAGGACGAAGGAAGACAAACUAUAUUUUAUUCAAUUUAUUUUUUUAAUUGCAAAACUUUUUAAUACAUUCCAAGUUUAUUUCUCAAGUGACCAUAAUGUAAAUGUGGGUUAGGGAUGUGCCCUUGUAAAAUGAUGACAUAUUGUAUUCUGGGUUGCCAAUAAUUAAUAAAUAUGAUUUUAAUUUCCAGUGCAAUGUUUUUAUAUUAUAUUGCUAUAAAUGCAAAAUAAACUGCACAGUCUCGUUUUGUAAUGAUUUCGUAAGUCGCAAGGCAAUUAAAUUAAUUCAAAUAAUUUUGAUUCCGUGCAUUCAUAAUUAUUUAAUUUUAGAAACCAAUGAAUAAUGACUUACAAUGUAUUUUAGACAUGAAAGAUGUGUAUCGUUUUGGAAAAAGUACAUGUAAACAAGUUUUGUUUUAUUGUGAUAAUUUGACUAUCGUGUUAUUGUUUCAUUUGUAUUUAUGAACAAAAGUAAACGGUUUUUUGACCAAAGUAUUGGUGCCAACAAAUCUGAUAGGAAUUGAAUAAAUAACGCUGACUUAUAAUAUUUUGUUGGACCAACAAAUACUUGAGCGAGGCUAGAAAAAAGUAGAACAGUUUCAAAUUAUGUAAUUUCUUCUGUAUUUUUCUAGAAAGUUGCCAAUUAUUACUUUUGUAUGUAAAUAUAAAAUGUUAAUGUUAUUAAGUUAUGUUAAUUGUAUAUUUUGACAGUUUCGUUUAUCUACUUCCAAUUUAGAUUUUAAAUAUUAUAUAUAUUUUCUUGCCUUUUAGGUAUACGGCAGGAAUGAUGAAUUUAUGAAAUAGAGUAAAAUUGACAGAGAACAAGUUAUGUUGUAAAUAUUAUAGCGAUCACUUAGGUAUAGUUAGAUGACGUUAUUAGUUAUUGUUUUGUGAAAUAUUAUGAAUAUAUUGAAAGUUCAAAAGA